AAACACUAGACACGAAGCGCUCAGUCAGUUUCUCCAGUGCUGUAGUGUAUAUAUACAUCACCGUCAUAGUGUCACUCUAUAAUGGUGACAAACAAUAGCAUUUGAUUUUUCUUUAUCCAGUUCUCGUUUGUACCUUUAAUCAUUUCUGUUCCUGCAUACUGGCGGGAAUAAGAAGCGAACGAACAUCUCAAAACCCUGGAUAAGAAACCCUAGAAAUCUCUGUCUCUCGUGUAAAUGAUACAUAAUUUAAUGAGAAUAAGUAAAAAAAAUUGAAGAGAUUUCCUUCGUAUAACACACAGAAUGUACUGGUUAACUUCCAGAAACGUGGUCGUUGCCUUACCCAGGUGGCGUUCCCUUGCUCUGCUGGUUCGUCCGCGCAUAUCUGUUCGCGGAUACUCGUCAUUCGUUCCCUCUCCAUAUCUACCUACUAAUAGCUGCAGGCACUCUGAAAGGAUUUAUUGUUUCAAAGAUAGGAAGAUUUUGAAAGGAACCACAAAGGCUAGGAAACUUAAAGCAUCAAAUGAUAUUUUAGAUGAUAAAGAUCUUGCCCACUUAGCAUGGUGGAAGGAGAGGUUGCAGAUGUGCAGGAAACCUUCAACUGUUCAACUGGUUAAAAGGCUUGUCUAUUCAAAUUUGCUUGGUUUGGAUGUAAAUCUGAAAAGUGGGAGACAGAUCCAGAGAGAGAAUCGGUGGCCGCGUCUCACCAAAAGACCAACCAGCAGCGGUUGCUAAUCAGUUUCUGCUUUCCGGCUUCAACUUCCUGGUUGCCAAUCAACUUGCUUCGGUUCUGCCUUCCACCAGAUCGCUUCACCUCCAUUCCAGAUCUGGUUGGGUAACAAGACAGCUGAUCCCGCCCAACCAGGCAGAGGAAGACGGCUUUGCGCGCGACGGAGAGGCAGAUCGGUGCGGACGGGUGUCAGAUUUGGUCUGUUUGGAGAGCGAAGGAGCUGCACACGGCUGAAAAAGAAGGCAGAGUCGUGCGCAACCUGUUCUGCGUGCGACAUAGAUGAAGAUCGGCGCGCGACGGCCAGAUUAGAGCGUCAGCACAUCGGGUCUGUCCGGGAAAGAGGAGUUACGUGUUUUUUCCGGUGCGAUUUCAUCAGAUCCAUGUCAGAUCUGAUAGGCGUAAGCUUUUGUGCUGAUUCCCAGAAUAUUUCGGUGGCACAUGGUGGCCGGCGGUGUGUGAGAGUUCCUAUAGUGCUCCAGUUGAGCCCGAGCCGUUUUUUAGCCGAGCCGAGCCAAGCCAAACUGUUGCCUGACAGAUCUGAUUCUAGUUUGCAGCACUUUUUUUGACAUUGGAAAACUUUAAGAUGACUCUUCAAAACUUUGUUUACAAGUUAAACAUGUGU